UAAAUUUUGUAAUCAUUUUAAGUGCCAAAACAUUGCUCAGCAUAGCGCAAGCAUAUAUAUUUCAGAAGGGAAACAAUGCUGAAACUGAUUGCGAGUUUGAUCUAUAUUUUAGGAAUUUUGCAAGCCCAUGGGUCGACUACAGCGGAUCCUAAGGAGGGAGAAUCAACCCGUGAGUCCCGGGUGAGAAUCAGGGUCGGAGAGGACAACGGGUUUUCCUACGAGGUGAAUGGCUACACCCCAUCGCCAUACCGCAUCUCAACUUCCGGAGAAUAUUACAACAAUGCCGACACCUCGGCGGGUGGGGUGCGUCUCUUCCUCAGUGUCGAAGAUGACAUUUCCUUCACGGACAUUUCGGCGGAUCGCGACGUGCUCUACGUCUACUUGGAGACGCGUCGAGGCUACGCGGGCCACCCGAACUACUCUCAAUUCUAUUUUGAUAUCACGUGCCCUUAUCCAGCUGAACCGAGGGAUCUUUAUGUAAUUCAGAUUAACUCGACCUCCGUUUUGGUGGUUGGUCCCUCGAGAUCGACGGCCGGACAGAGAAGGGCGCUCAAGAGUGGGUCGUUUUUAGUAAAGGAGUGAAUAAAUAAUUAGGGGUAAUAUAAGAUCUGAUAGAAAAAUUAUAGUACCAAUGUAAUUACAUAAGAAAAAGUUUGAAUAAAUGCAAGUAACGUUUCA